UCCCUUCAUCAAUCCCAAGCUCUUCUUCUUCUUCUUCUUCUUCUUCUCUGCUCUGUGGGUCUCUGGGUAUCAGCAUCUCUGGGUUAAUAUCUUUCUCUCUGCAUGGCCUCCAUCUUCUUCUCCGUCACUUCCAUCUUCUUAUCCUUUUCAAUCCUCGCAAGUUGCGAGACAAUCUACACAGGAUUCAUUGAGCCAACCUACAGUUCUACAUACAACCAAUUCGUAGACGCCAAUGGGGUCUUCUUAAGAUCCAACAGUCAAAACUUCAGUGUCGCCUUCUUCAAUCCCGGCGGUCAAUCCAAUUACUAUCUCUCCGUCCUUCAUAUCGCUACCCAAACCGCAAUAUGGUCAGCUAAUCGUGAUAUCCCAAUCUCCAAAACCAUCGGAAUCUUGCUUUCUCCCCAAGGAAUCGCUGUCACCGACCAAACUAGCGGCGGCGCCCCCACCGUAAAAUGGUCAACGCCGCCGUUAAAUUCAUCCGUUGCAUUGAUGCAGCUCACCGACACAGGAAAUCUUGUAUUGCUCGAUCAAUACAACCGUUCUAUUUGGCAGAGCUUUGAUAAUCCGACCGAUACUAUUGUGAUCGGGCAACAAAUCCCAGUGGGUUCAUCCUUGGUGAGUUCGUUAUCUGAUACCAAUUACUCAUCUGGAGAUUUCCAAUUUUCUGUUGCUAGUUAUGAUGGAUUACUUAAAUGGAAAGGGUCGACCUAUUGGAAGAUGUCGAUGGAACGGAAUGCUUAUGUUAAUUCAAAUGCUCCGAUAUCGUUUAUGGCCCUAAAUGGUACAGGUCUUUAUCUUCAUGGAGAAAAUGGAUCUGUAGUUGUGAUUAAGAUAAUUUUGUCUCCGGCGGAUUUCCGAAUUGCAAAAUUAGAGUUUGGAGGACAGUUCACUAUCAGUAGCUUCCCUUCUAAAGCAACGACUAUUGAAUUCACAGCACCGCACGAUAAUUGCCGACUUCCUUACAUCUGUGGCUCAGUUGGGUUGUGCACAACUACUACUUCAGCUGGGCAAUAUGUAUGUUCAUGUCCUUCUGGGUUUCACAACAUCAAUCAAGGUUGCUUCCCAUCAGAUGCGUCUCUUUCCUUGCCUUCUGCUUGUAAUUCUAAUUCAUCCAUUAAUGCCACCGGUGGUGUUCAAUCGAAUUCAUCAUAUACAAGUCUAGGUAUUGGAGUGAGCUACUUUCAAAUUACUUUCUCAGAACCUACCAUCGAGUUUGUGAAUUUAUCUUAUUGCAAAUCACUCUGCUCCAAUUGUUCUUGCUCUGGCUUUUUCUAUGACAAUUCCUCUAAUUCUUGUUUUCUGCUUGAAAAUCAAUUGGGUUCCUUUAUGUCAAGCACAUCGAGCAAUAGUGAUCCAAUGGGAUACAUUAAGGUGAUGGUUAAACCAUCUGUGGUGGCCACAGGUGGGAACAACCAAUCUUCAAGCAAGAGUUCAUCAGGUUUCCCAUUGGUUGCUCUGGUGCUCUUACCUUCAACAGGGUUCCUUUUAUUGGUUACUGUUCUGUUCCUGAGCCUUAUUUGGUGGAGAAGGCGUAAGCUUGCAUCACAUUCAAAACUAGACCGCCCAAGUUCAUGUUCUUCAUUUGAGCUUGAUGAUAUCUUCUCCAUCCCUGGUUUACCUGUGAGAUUUGAUUACCAAGUUCUUGAAGCUGCAACCAAUUACUUUGAGAACCAAAUCGGUUCAGGUGGAUUUGGGUCUGUUUACAAAGGUGUUCUUCCUGAUAAAUCUGUGGUUGCAGUGAAGAAAAUAAUCCAUGUAGGAAUUCAAGGGAGGAAGGAAUUCUUUGCAGAGAUUGCAGUGAUUGGAAACAUCCACCAUAUUAACUUGGUUAAGCUAAAGGGCUACUGUGCCCAAAGGCAGGAACAGCUUCUAGUCUAUGAGUACAUGAACAGGGGAUCACUAGACCGGACACUCUUCAGUAAUGGACCGGUAUUAGAAUGGCAAGAGAGGUUUGAGAUUGCAUUGGGGACAGCCCGGGGGCUCGCAUAUUUGCACAGUGGUUGUGAGCACAAGAUAAUACAUUGUGAUGUCAAGCCAGAGAACAUUCUCUUACAUGACCAUUCACAAGUGAAGCUCUCAGAUUUUGGACUAUCAAAGCUUCUCAGUCCUGAACAGUCUAGUCAUUUCACGACGAUGAGGGGGACACGAGGGUAUCUUGCACCGGAAUGGCUCACAAGUUCUUCGAUCUCAGAUAAAACCGAUGUCUAUAGCUAUGGUAUGGUUCUACUUGAGCUUAUCAGAGGAAGGAAGAACUCUUCUCUGCAAAUUCAAACCACUAGCAAUGAAAAUGGCAGUAAUGGUGGUUCAGCAUCUGCGUCCUCUAUGAUGGGUCCAGUCUAUUUCCCAUUAUUUGCAUUGGAGAUGCAUGAGCAAGGGAGUUAUUUUGAACUUGCAGACCCAAGGCUUGAGGGAAGAGUAACAAAUGCAGAUGUGGAGAAGCUUGUGCGUGUGGCCUUGUGUUGUGUCCAUGAGGAGCCAAUGCUAAGGCCUAGUAUGGUCAAUGUGGUAGCCAUGUUAGAAGGUGGGAUUCCUUUGGGGGUUCCAAGACUUGAGUCCUUGAACUUCUUGCGGUUCUAUGGCCGGCGAUUCACCGAGGCAUCAAUGAUGGAAGGAUCCAAUGCAGUAAAUUCAAUAAGGCCAUAUCCACAAGGAUAUACUGGUGUAACAACUAACUCAAACACAAACUCAAGUGAUUCAUACCCAUCUCUUUCUUACAUUUCAUCACAGGAGGUAUCUGGCCCAAGGUAAUGCAGUUCAAAAGUGUGUGUUAAUUCAAUUCUGAGUGAAAUCUUUUAUCUCAAAUGCAUCUACUCGGCCUUUUGUUUUGUUUUCAAUUGGACUACUAUUACAGAAGAUUGAGUUCAAAGGAAGCCUUUAGUGUGAUCAUGUCUAAGACCCUUGAAAUAUCUUAAUCCAAUCAAAUCAACUGUGGUUCUUUGGCUGUGUUUUUUGAUUUUUGAGUCUUUUUUUUUCUUUCUCCCCCUUCUUAGCUGUAAAUUAGACCUUGUUUUGAUUAUUAUAUUUGGAAACUUAGUUGGGUUCUCUGUCAUGUUCUUGGUUGUAAC